CCUGUCUCGAGCCACACCCCAGAGCCAUGUAUGCAGCUGCUGGGGGCGCCUCGCUGGCGUCGCGCCAAGCGCGUCAGAAGCAGCGCCAGGAGAAGAAAAACCGAAUACUACAAGCGAAACUACAUCCACCGAAAGCGCCCGGGGCCGUGGGGCUGGGAGCCGGCGAGCUGGCCGGCGGUGCCUCGACCCCCACCCGGAGCGCGUCGCGCCAGUUCCACCAGCUGCCGACGAACUACCUGCGCGCCCCGCAGGCCAUGGGGCGCAAACUGAGCGCCACCUACACGACGCAAUCGAAGCUCCUACUGCCAAUAGACGAGGGUGACACCCAGUCGGUGCUCCAGCUGCGCAUGCACUCCCACUCGCACUCGCACGCGCAUCCGCACGCCCACUCCCACAGCCACGGCCAUGGCCACGCGCAGGCGCACAGCCAUCUGCACCACAGCCACCUGCUGGGGGCGGUCGCCCCACCCACACCGGGACCGCCGCAGACGCCUUACCAGCAGUUCGCCUCGUCGCACGGACGCGUCUCACCGAAACUGGUGCAUCGGCACUCCGGCAGCAGUGCCGGGUACUAUCCGGCGGCAGCUGCGGCGGCCGCUGGACGGCUCCACAAAUCUGCCACGGCCACCCUGCCACUGGUCUCGCAUAUGGAUAUGGAGGCGGCGUUGCCAUCGGCUGUGGUCGGCGUUAAAACGACAGUGACCUCGUUGGAGACAGCCACGCCUACGUCUCCUCCCUUGGCCAGCACUUCGGCGGCCGCGGCAGCGGCAUCGGCCGACGCCGAGGCCGAGAUAGAGGUAGAGUUGACUGGCGCCGCAGCUAUGUUUGUACCCCACCAUGAUGCCAUCAUUGUAACGCCGGCCACGCCCAUGGCCUCGCCGGGCCACGUGGCCAAGCUGCGCCGUCCCGGGCCAGAGGAGGUGCCCGAAACGGCCGCUGAAAGGCAGCCCCUUACCGCCGGCGAGGCCUACGACGAGGACGAGCACGAGCACGAGCCCAUGCACCCGCCGCCCGGACAGCUGGAGCGCAAGUGCAGCGUCUACCGCAUGCGCAGGAGCGAUGCCUUCGAGGAUGGCGACGGCGACGGCGACGGCGGCGUCACUGGAGGCCUGAAGCGCCAGCUCCGGGAGCUCCAGUUCAGCACGGGCGUCCAGCAGACCCAAUACGAGCCCCUGCUCACCGACGAGCCCCAGCUGCUGUUCAAGGGUCUCGGCAACGGCCGCAAGUGGCAGAUCUGCGCCUACUGCGAGGAGGGCAUCUGUGUGUGCGAGCACCUCGAGUGCGCCCAGGGACGAGCCGCCUGGUUGGAGCGCGGCCGGCGCUGCAGUGUCCAGGAUCAGCAGCAGCAGCAGGCCACCUUAUCCCGACGCUGGGUGAAGCGCAACCGAAUUCAAGACGCCUCUUUGGGUGGCUCCUCGGACGAUGAGGAUUUCCUGGGCGUUCUGCGCGGCCCUAGCACCUUCGCGAAUGCCUUCCUCUACGUGGGACUGGGCACAGUGGCGCUGGGACUGGUCAUAGCAUUCGUUGGAACCGGCGAGAAGGGCUUCAAAACUGUGGAACUAAGACUUAUAGGGCCCUCCCUCAUAGGACUGGGCCUGAUCUGUUGCAUUUUACGCAUCCUCUUCUGCAUCUGUCCAUCGCACUGCAUCUCAUCCAGCAAGAAGACGCGCAAGAAAAACGGCAACAAGAUCGAUGCAGAUCACACAACGUCGCUGCUCAGGAACGAGAGCAAGAGGGUAUCGAUUGCCCGAGGACCCGGUGUUCAGCCCAAAUACCCCAUAGCACACAAGCGCAGCCAGAGCAAGAUGCUCAAUGAGGGAAUGGAGGCACUGCGACAGAUAGCCACCACAUCGCUUUUCAUGCAAAACGAUCAGAAGACGGCUAUCAAUCGCGUGGUGCCCAUCAUCAACGAGCCGGACAGUGGCGAUGCCCCACUGGAAAUGAAGAAGCUGCAGACGGCACUCAGUGCCUGCGAGAUGAGUGAGGAGGAGAAGGCCAGGCAGCAGCAGCAGCGGCAGAUCGCCAAACGUACAACAACAGCCACAACUGCCGUAACGAGUAGUACCACCAAAGACCCAACAAUACCGACAAAGGCAGCGAGGGCCACGACUCUGAGCACUGUGGACGAGAAGCCCGACAGCAAGCUGGUGCGGCAGAGAGUGGCCCUGCAACAGCAGCGACAGCAGCAGCAGCAGCAGCAGCAGGUGAAACAAGAGCAACACCCGGCACAGCAAGCCAGCAAGUCGCAAUCGCUAUCCUCUUCGUCGACGGUCAAAGAUUCGCUGGAUGGGACGGUCGUUGUAGAGGAAACCUCCCUGAUAGAUGCCACCAAUGUUGCCACGAAUGCAGUUCCAGUUAAAGCUCCAGCACCUGUUUCAGCUCCUGCAUCAGCGGCUGCCCCCUUGCCGAGCAGCUGCAGUACAGGAGCCAUACCUAGACUCAAAACCAACAACACUGUGUCAUUCACCUCCAGUCAAGCCACGCGGCCGGGCAUCUCGACGGGCGCCACGCCCAAGACAACGCCCACCAGCUCCCGGCUGCCCACCUCGCAGUCGCAUCCAACGAGCUAUGAUCUACCCCCCGCCCUGCCGCACACCUAUUCCGCGACGGCCACGGUCCGCGGACCCCUGGGCAUGUCCAUGAGUACGUCAACCUACACAAUGCCCACCAGCAAAGUGGGUCCAUCAGCCGCAUCCACAGCCACAUCCGCAUCCGCAUUCGCUGCCCUGCCGCCCACCACGACAACGAUCAGCCUGCUGCCGCUGCCGGCGCCGCCGACAAUGGCCACGGCGAUGACCAGUAUUCCUGGCCAGGUGCCGGACGGUGGUGGCGCCACCUCGCACACCGCGAGUCUGAGUCUGAGCUUAAUGCAGCCAACGGCGAUGCGGCCGGCAUCGGCGUCGGCGUCGAGCAUGGCCAUGUCCACGUCGUCAUUUAGCACGGAAAACAAAUCACACCCGUCAUCCGCAAGCACAACAAGGGGGCGUGGCAGCCAGCUCCUUGCACCGCCGGCGUUGGCAUCUACAUCGGCAUCGGCAUCGGCAUCGAGCAAAUGUGAGCCGGAACUGGUGCUCAGUCCGGCGAAGCUGGGCCAGUAGAAUUGUGAGGCUUAGUAACGACGACGAUUUUAGUUAGCUACCAGGUCUAUGUGUGUAUAUGUGUGUGUAUGUCUAGGUUCUAUUCUGUGUGAAUGUGUUGGUGUAUCUGUGUGCAAGAGCCGUGUGCAUGAGUGUGCGAGAUCGAAGGAGAAACAAAUGUAAUUACUUAUGUACUCUAAAACUAUCUUUUGAAUGUGCCACAAGAACAACUAAAAACAAAACACAAGAAUAUUUAACUAAAAGUCAUGUUCUGAAGUCGAAACUCCCUGAGAAAAAGGCGUCGGAUUACGACUGCUACCAAAAUCAAUGUCAAUAUCAAACCUAACCAUCCCUGACAGAUCUUGGGAAGCCUUCGGAUUCAGAACAUGGCCAUAUAUGCAAUAUAUAUCUCCUUUACAACCAGAAACAGCUUUCGGUGUCUAAUCCUACACAAUUCCCGAGGCUUUCUUCUUUUAUGAUUCGCCAUCCCACUUGGUUUCUGUUGCAACAAGCUUUUCCUUUCCAAUGUCCGUCGUGUCCCCAUGCCAUGACCCAAAAGUCGGCCCAGUGCUCAGCAAGUAACGGCCAACCCACGCUGUUCUAAACUAUCCCCAAACUUAGCCAGGGUAUUAUAAAGUUUGUAUACCAAACAUAUCGUUAACUCAAUACGCGAAACAAAAAUAAUACGAAUUAAAAUAUAUAAUUCGAGGAAAAACCUGAGUGGAGUUGAGCCAGUUGGGGUCGUGUCAGAGGCCACCCAGAGCCACCCGGAUCCAUGCAGAUGACAAGGAAGAAAGAACACAGAGUAUAGAGCUAUGAAACUAUAAAACUAAUUAGAUAUGUAUCCCAAAUUUGAAUGACGAUGCAAGUACGGUAUGUAACGCAGAUAGAGGCGGCUAAAUGUUCCAACAAUGCCAGGCAUAUGGAUAUGUGUACUCAAUAAAACCCAAACCGAAACCCAGAGAGUUCAAAAAGUAUUAGGCAAUGCUGUCUGCAUAAUAAAGCAAAGCAGGAAAUAAUCAAAACACAGUCGGUGCAAUCAAUUAAAAAGAAUACAAAUUCUGCAUUAAUUUUUGGUUCCAAAAAAUGUUUUCCAUUUCAAGAAAUUUUGAAACAAUUUGUAUAUUCAUAUUUUGAUUUAUUUUUUUUCAAUUUGUGGCUAUUGAGAAAUUCAGUGUGAAAUAUUUGCUUGCUCUUUCAGCUGCUAAAGGUACGAAAUAAAAACUAUAAAAACUAUAAAAUAAGCAGACUACAAUAGACACGAAUGUGGCCAUAAAAUGACAAAGUGAAAACCAAAUAUUAAAAAACAAAAGAAUCCAUGUUUAACAUAUUGUGUAUGAGGCAUGUAUUGUACAGCAACCAAAGCAGCAGCAGACCUAGAAAAUUAUAAACAAAAUUUAUGAAUUAGUGUGUAUGUAUUCUAUAUGUGCAGAAAUAAAAUGAAAUUCAGAAAAGAA